AAGCUGAUGAGACAUUAGUCAGUAGGUGAUUCGAAGUGUGUGCUUAUGUUCAUCUAAUUUCAUUUCAUUUCAUUUUAUUUACUUUGAAGAUAAUAGAAAAGUAAGCGGAAAUCAAAAAUUUGCAUUGUUCAACAACAUGUUCCUUAAAAAAUUCUUAAUCAUUGCGUGGCUCUUUCAAGUACAAUCCACGAUAGCACUGGAGAGUGAUGAAACAAACAAUGUUAAUACAUGUAACUUGCCGCAAAGUCUUAUAAAAGAAAUAGACUCGUACGAACCCUUUGUUCAUGCUAUAAUAAACGAGACUUUAUAUGGAUCUUUCAAAGGAGUCACCUGGAAUGAAUUAGCUUAUUUCGUUGAUACGUUUGGUCCGAGAUUUACUGGUACUACAGUACUCGAGCGUUCAAUCGACUACGUGUUAAAUAAAUCUAUGGAGUUUGGAUUGGAAAAUGUCCAUGGAGAAUCCGUUAGUGUGCCACAUUGGAUUAGAGGAAAAGAAUCAGCAACGCUUUUAAAACCAAGGCAUAAAAAUAUUGCUCUUUUGGGAUUAGGUACCAGUGUCGGGACUCCACCUCAAGGAAUAACCGCAAAGGUUAUCGUCGUGGAUAGUUUCCAAGAGCUUGAAGACAGAAAACACGAAGUACCAGGAAAAAUAGUCGUAUUUAAUGAAAAAUAUAUUUCGUAUGGUGAAACAGUAAAGUAUAGAAGCAAAGGAGCAACGGAAGCAUCAAAAUAUGGUGCUGUUGCCGCUUUAAUUAGAUCAGUUACUCCAUAUUCCUUAUAUACUCCACAUACAGGAAUGCAAAGAUAUGAUGAGAACGUGACUAAAAUUCCGGUAGCUUGUAUCACCGCUGAAGACGCCAGCUUAUUCAGAAGGAUGUCUGAUAGAGGUACAGUUUUGGAAAUAAAUUUAAAAAUGCAAGCGAAAAAUUUGCCGAACAAAGUAUCACGAAAUGUAAUAGCUGAAUUGAAAGGCUCUGAGACACCAGAGAAAGUUGUAGUCAUAUCUGGUCACAUCGAUAGUUGGGACGUUGGUCAGGGCGCAAUGGACGAUGGCGGUGGUGCAUUUAUUUCGUGGCAAGCUUUGAAAUUAUUGAAACAUCUUAAUUACAGACCACGACGAACAGUAAGAAUGAUCAUGUGGACGGGUGAAGAAGUUGGAAUUGUAGGAGCUAAUUAUUAUAUCAAGAAUCACAGAAGUGAAGACAAAAAUUUACAGUUUGUGCUAGAAUCGGAUUCGGGCACGUUCAUGCCAUUAGGUUUCCAAGUUACCGGGACAGAAAAAGUUAAAUGCAUUUUAGAAAGGAUCAUGAAAUUGUUCUCAAUUGUGGGAAAUCUGAAGGUUCGCAGUCCCAGCGAAGGUCCUGAUAUCGCUUCUUGGGUAAACGCAGGUGUACCAGGAGGUUCUUUUCGAAGUCAAGAUGAAACAUACUUUAAUUACCAUCAUACGAAUGCGGAUACCAUGUUGGUUGAAAAUCCAGAAGCUCUCGACAAGGGAACAGCUCUAUUUGCAGCACUAUCCUAUGUACUUGCCGAACUCAGCGUCGAUCUUCCACAUCAAAAAUGACGGUAUUAUUAACAUUGAUAACAAUUACAAAACAAGAAUUUAAGGAAAGAACUCAAAAAUUAUCUAUAUUAAUGUUCGAAUUUAUAUAUUUGAUUCCUUAGAAAAUGUAGAACACGAAAGGAAUAUUUUAAAUAUAUAUUAAAUAAUAAAUACAGGACCUAUAAUUUGUUCAUUAA